AUGGCCAGGAGAGGUAAGAAGCCCGUAGUCCGAACGCUGGAGGAUCUGACGCUGGACUCGGGUUAUGGUGGCGCGGCGGACUCGGUGCGCUCCUCCAACUUGUCCCUGUGCUGUUCCGACUCGCACCCGGCGUCCCCGUAUGGCGGGAGCGGCUGGCCGCCUCUAGCUGACUCCAUGCACAGCCGGCACAACAGCUUUGACACCGUCAACACUGCCCUGGUGGAAGACUCCGAAGGGCUGGACUGCGCGGGCCAGCACUGCUCGCGGCUGCUGCCGGACCUCGACGAGGUCCCCUGGACCCUCCAGGAGCUGGAGGCGCUGCUGCUGCGCUCGCGGGAUCCCCGGGCAGGCCCGGCGGCCCCCGGCGGCCUGCCCAAAGACGCGCUGGCCAAGCUGUCGAUGCUGGUGAGCCGGGCGCUGGUACGCAUCGCCAAGGAGGCGCAGCGCCUCAGCCUGCGCUUCGCUAAGUGCACCAAGUACGAAAUCCAGAGCGCCAUGGAGAUCGUGCUGUCCUGGAGCCUGGCGGCGCACUGCACGGCGGCCGCGCUGGCCGCGCUGUCCCUCUACAACAUGAGCAGCGCCGGCGGCGACCGCCUGGGCCGCGGCAAGUCAGCGCGCUGCGGCCUCACCUUCUCUGUGGGCCGCGUGUACCGCUGGAUGGUGGACAGCCGCGUGGCGCUGCGCAUCCACGAGCACGCCGCCAUCUACCUGACGGCCUGCAUGGAGAGCCUGUUCCGGGACAUCUACGCGCGAGUCGUGGCCUCGGGGCUGCCCCGGAGUUGCAGCGGCCCCGGCUCGGCCUCCAGCUCCGGCCCAGGCCCGGGCUCGGGCCCCAACGCGGCCCCCGCGGCGGAGAAGGAGCGGGAGGCACCCGGAGGGGGAGCGGCGAGCGGCGGCGCCUGCAGCGCGGCCAGCAGCGCCAGCGGGAGCAGCAGCUGUUGCGCCCCUCCGGCCGCCAAUGCCCCAGCCGUGGCCCCCCCGCCGGCCGCCGCGGCCAACCACCACCACCAUCACCACCACACACUCCACGAGGCGCCCAAGUUCACCGUGGAGACGCUGGAGCACACGGUCAACAACGACUCCGAGAUCUGGGGGCUCCUGCAGCCUUACCAGCACCUCAUCUGCGGGAAGAACGCCAGCGGAGUGCUGUGCCUGCCAGACAGCCUGAAUCUGCACAGGGACCCGCAGCGGUCAAACAAGCCGGGAGAAAUGCCCAUGUUCAGCCAGUCGGAGCUGAGGACCAUCGAGCAGUCCUUGCUGGCCACCCGCGUGGGCAGCAUCGCAGAACUGAGCGACCUGGUGUCCCGAGCAAUGCACCACCUGCAGCCCCUCAAUGCCAAGCACCACGGCAACGGCACCCCCCUGCACCACAAGCAGGGGGCGCUCUACUGGGAGCCUGAGGCCCUGUACACCCUUUGCUAUUUCAUGCACUGCCCGCAAAUGGAGUGGGAAAAUCCCAACGUGGAGCCUUCCAAAGUCAACCUCCAGGUGGAAAGGCCUUUCCUCGUUCUGCCGCCACUGAUGGAGUGGAUCCGGGUGGCCGUGGCGCACGCCGGCCACCGGCGCAGCUUCUCCAUGGACAGCGACGACGUCCGCCAAGCGGCCCGGCUGCUGCUGCCCGGCGUGGACUGCGAGCCGCGCCAGCUCAGGGCUGACGACUGCUUUUUUGCUUCUCGGAAGCUGGACGCAGUGGCCAUCGAAGCCAAGUUCAAGCAGGACCUGGGUUUCCGGAUGCUGAACUGCGGGCGGACGGAUCUGGUGAAGCAGGCGGUGUCUCUCCUGGGGCCUGAUGGGAUCAACACCAUGAGCGAACAGGGCAUGACGCCCCUGAUGUACGCCUGCGUCCGUGGGGACGAGGCGAUGGUGCAGAUGCUGCUGGAUGCCGGAGCUGACCUGAAUGUGGAGGUUGUCAGUACUCCUCAUAAAUAUCCAUCCGUCCACCCCGAGACCCGCCAUUGGACGGCUCUGACUUUUGCUGUGUUGCAUGGACAUAUUCCUGUAGUGCAGCUCCUCCUGGACGCCGGGGCCAAGGUCGAGGGCUCUGUGGAGCACGGCGAGGAGAACUACUCGGAGACGCCCCUGCAGCUCGCAGCCGCCGUGGGCAAUUUUGAGCUGGUUAGUUUGCUGUUGGAGCGAGGUGCGGACCCCUUGAUAGGAACCAUGCACAGGAAUGGAAUUUCUACAACCCCCCAGGGGGACAUGAACUCUUUCAGCCAGGCCGCAGCCCACGGACACAGGAACGUGUUCCGCAAACUGCUCGCCCAGCCAGAGAAGGAGAAGAGUGAUAUCCUGUCCCUGGAGGAGAUUCUGGCCGAGGGGACAGACCUGGCGGAGACAGCCCCGCCCCCCCUGUGCGCCAGCCGCAACAGCAAGGCCAAACUGAGAGCCCUGAGGGAGGCCAUGUAUCACAGCGCUGAGCAUGGCUACGUGGAUGUCACAAUUGACAUCAGGAGCAUCGGUGUCCCGUGGACCCUGCACACGUGGCUGGAGUCCUUGCGGAUCGCCUUCCAGCAGCACCGCAGGCCCCUCAUCCAGGGCCUGUUGAAGGAGUUCAAGACCAUCCAGGAGGAAGAGUACACGGAGGAGCUCAUCACCCAGGGCCUGCCCCUCAUGUUCGAGAUCCUGAAAGCCAGCAAGAACGAAGUGAUCAGCCAGCAGCUGUGUGUCAUCUUCACUCACUGCUACGGGCCCUACCCCAUCCCCAAGCUCACGGAGAUCAAACGGAAGCAGACCUCGCGCCUGGACCCUCAUUUCCUCAACAAUAAAGAAAUGUCUGAUGUCACCUUCCUGGUGGAAGGAAGACCGUUUUAUGCUCACAGAGUGCUGUUAUUUACAGCCUCUCCGAGGUUCAAAGCGCUGCUCUCCAGCAAGCCAACAAAUGACAGCAGCUGCAUAGAGAUCGGCUAUGUGAAGUACCCCAUCUUUCAGCUGGUCAUGCAGUAUCUCUACUACGGUGGCCCGGAGUCGCUGCUCAUUAAAAACAACGAGAUAAUGGAGCUUCUGUCUGCGGCUAAAUUUUUCCAGCUGGAGGCUCUGCAGCGACACUGUGAGAUUAUCUGUGCCAAAGGCAUCAACUCGGACAACUGCGUGGACAUUUACAACCACGCCAAGUUCCUCGGAGUCACCGAGCUCUCCGCGUACUGUGAAGGCUACUUUCUCAAAAACAUGAUGGUCCUCAUUGAGAACGAGGCGUUCAAGCAGCUCCUCUACGACAAGAAUGGCGAAGGCACGGGCCAGGAUGUGCUGCAGGACUUACAGAGGACGUUGGCCAUCAGGAUUCAGUCCAUCCACUUGUCAUCUUCCAAAGGCUCCGUCGUGUGAAGCGUCCAGUGCAGGGGCCGCUCCCCGGGACGUGCCAGUGCUCCUGCGGCACCGGCUCCACACAAACACACAUUUCACCCGGCGUCUGCUUUUGGCUGGGCCAGGGAGCUGCCUCUACUGCCUCGGAUCCCCUCGAAUAAGCAAAUUCAGCUCCACGGGUUCCUGCUGAAAAACAGAGGACAUUCCACUGGUCUGCAGAGCAGGGCGCAGCUGGGUCCAGAGCUUGAAGGCCAACACGGGGCCGCCAAGCUAACCCCAUUCGAAGGCACCGCUGGGUCGCUGAGCAUCUGUUGUGGGGACCACUGUCAGAAGGACGGACUGGGAACCACAGGUCGUCUGGGUUCCAGGUGGGCAGCUGGAACACCUAACUGCAGAGAGUUGUGUUACCCACCGAGGACCGCAGCAGCCACAGCUGAGCAAGAGUCAACCCUGAUCGCAGAUUGGUGAGACUGUUACCAAUAGCGAAGAAAUAAUUUGACAAAUUUUUAGGGGUGGGGACUUUUUAAAAUGUUCAUUAAAACACACACACACACACACACGCACACGCACACAUGCACACACACACACAGGGCAGCCUGUAGUUUAAAAUAUAUUUCUAAAAGCAUAACAGUUCAUUUUCAACUGAAUUGUGUUUAGGGACCUGUGUUUUGAGAUUUUUUUUCUUUAAAAAAACAACAACAGUAAGACACAGGUCCACACUGUAUAAGCCUGCAUCUGACAAGAUCUUGCUGAUAGUCUAUCCAAGGUGAAAUCAUACUCCUGCCUUAGUGAUCACGGUGACACAGAGGAGGUGCACUGCCAAUAGCUCUCUCUCACUCAGUAGUCGAAAACAGCCUGCAUGCUAGUUGUGGUUUCGGGGUGAGGUUGAAAUAGCCCCGCAUAAGAAAACAUGCAUUUGCAUGGGCCGCACCUGUGAAAUGUUACGUUUGUGCUUCAUUUUUGCCAAGGUUAAAAAAAAACCACAAAUAUUCCAUCACUUCCUGCUAAAAGUCCAUUGGAUGAAACGACAUGUCCAUUUCUUUUCCUAAUUAUGAAUGAUUCUGGGAUGCUUUUGCAGACAUGUGUUCAUAGAUGAUGCUGAAUGGGGGGGGGGGGGGCGAGCACGUCAGAGAAUUUACUAGUAAUUCCAGAGUUUUCUCUGUAUUCUCAGAAGAUGUUAAUAGUUUGUUACUAGCCAGAGCCUAUGACUAUGUUAGAUUAUUUUUCAAGAUGAAACCUAUAUGAUAGGAUGGCUUCUUUCUGUAUUUGGAGAGUGUACAGUAUAGGGUUAUCUAUAAUGAAAGUUUAUAUCAACAGGGUUCCAUUUGCUCUGCCAUAUAUUCUAAGCAACAGAGAUGGGUGAAGUGCCACAAUAUUCCAAAUAAUUUUUGAGUUGCUGCC